AUGUCACGAAUCACAUAUCUAACAUCACGUGCGCUGUACAUCCUGGUGUGCAACCUCAGCAAGUCACUGCAUGACACAGCCAAGCCCUGUGUGAGGCAAGGAUCUUGUAAUGUUGAUUUGGAAAACCCCAAUCGAGAAACAAAUCUCGAGAAUUUGUUGUCUUGGCUGUCCACAGUGCACAGCGUCGCGCAGAUGAGAAGAGAAACCUGUGAUGAUAUAGAAGAAGAGUUGCCUCAUUUGCGCCCCCCUGUGAUCAUUGUAGGAACCCAUGCAGACAAACCAUUUGAAGACAUUGCAACAAUGAAAUUAGAAAUCCAGAAAGCAAUUGCUGGGUACAACUAUGAAGGGCAUGUGGUGCCGCCUAUCUUUAGCAUUGACAACACUGCGAAAUUACUCCAGAGUAAGAUCAGA